AUGGCUAACAACAUUCUAAUGGAUAUAUGCUUUACAAGAGGUGGGAACAGAUUUCCAACUUUGACUCAUUCAGUCAAAAUGGGUAUGAUCUUUGGAGCUUCUUCAUUUGUGAAGCACAAUGAGGAUAUGAUCUUAUUAGUCAGCUUGUUUGUAGAUGGUCUAAUCUACACAGGAAAUAAUCAACAAAUUGAGGACGAUGUUUGUUAUGACAGAUAUAGGGAAGAUGAGAUACUCCCUUGGGGUGGAAGUUGUAGGUUGACCAAGGAUGAAAAUGGAAAGCCAGAUGAUGCCACAAGAUACAAGCAAAUGGCGAGAAGCUUAAUGUAUUUGCUUGCGUCUAGGUCUGAUCUAGCCUAUUUAGUAUGUUUGGUUGCUAGAUACAUGGAAAGACCAACUGAAAUUCAUUUAGAAACAAUGGAAAGAAUCUUAAGGUAUCUAAAGGGAACUGUGAAUUUAGGAGUCUUGUACAAGAUGAAUGAUGAGAUGAAACUGCAAGGGUGGUCAGGCUCAGGUUAUGUAGGAGUUAGUGAUGACAGAAAAAGCACUACAGGGUACGUGUUUAAACAUGGAUCAUAUCUUAUUCCAUUAUCUUCAAAGAAGAAACCCAUUGCGACUCUUUUAAGCAUUGGAGCUAAGUUUGUUAUAACAACCUCAUGUGCUUGUCAACUAGUGUGGAAGUAUUCUUCCCAAACUUGGUCAGACUCAGAAUCAGGGUAUAAUUAUCAUGUGUGA